AUGUCAAACAGACUCCAAGAAUCCAAAACUAAGACUCAUCACAUUAUAACACAAACAACUAAAUUAAAGGAAGAAAGAAAAAAAACUAAAAAGAAGCUUUUAUGGGUCAACAAAUUUGUUGAAGAAUUUCAAAUUGCGCCAGAGCAGAUUAAGAUUCUUUACAAUGUGCCACCUCUUACAUUAAAUUUUUUUAACACGCUGUCACAAAUCGAACGAUUAUAUGAAAAUUGUAAAAUCCUUGUUAAAUACUGGUAUCAAACACCAGCUUUUGAAAUAAUGGAAAUGAUAGGCCUCCAACAAGAAGUGGCAAUUGAAAAGUUAUACCACUGGACUAUUGGAGCGUGUCUUCUUGUUGAUUCACCAAAUAAUGCAUUAAUCCCAAAAUCAUUAAGUAAGUUUGAAAAUAGGCAAGUUCUCUUUUCAAAUAUAAUUGAUGAGUAUUGUUCUGCACGUAAAGCAACUGUCGUACAAUUAUUUAUUGAUAUUCUCACCAAAGGUAGUGAUAAUGGUUCUAAACCUAUAGAAUUCUAUGCUAAUGAUGCUAAACGGUAUAUUGGAGAUAUAUUAGCAUGGGUAUACCAAAUAAUACCUGUAGAAAAAGAUAAUCUUGCAAAUAUAUUUAAAUACUGUACAAUGUCUGAUAAAGAAGAAAAAAUAACAACUGCAUUGAUUAAUAUUAUAGAAGCAUUAUGUCCCUUGCUUAAAGUCAGAGCAGAAGUUAUAUUAACACCAGAUAAAGAUUCACUGGUGCUAUGGUCAAUAACUAGUUUAAUUAUUUACUACAAGAAUAACAUAGAAUCAAUAACAGCCAAGGGUCAUAUGGUUGAAACUUUGGAUGAGUUGGCAAAAAAAAGUCAAGACAUGUUUCUUAUUGCCCUGGAUCAUAAAGUGCAAAAAGAAUUAAGUCAUGGUGUGAAAGCUCCUCCUUUGGACUUAAAUCCAUCUAUAGUUGUGACAAAUUUAAUCAGCUUUUUGAGAGAUUUAAUGGGUUCAUCAAGCAAUAUUAAUUCAGAUGACAAAAAAAUUAUAAUUACCCAUAUUUUAGACCCAUUGCUACAUGCUAUUAAUGAAACUGCUUGUCAUCUCAGCUCUACUGACAUGUCUGUUUAUAUGUUGAAUUGUAUUUAUCACAUACAAUGUACUUUGUCUUUGUAUACAAUUUUGGAUGAAUAUAAUGAAAGAUUGCAAGCACAAUCUGAGGCGCAAAUUGAUACCUUAACAUCUGAACAAGCUAGUUUUCUUGUUGCUAAUUUAAACAUGGGACCCAUAUAUACAAUUUUGCAAGAAAAGAUUAAUGGUCCUCUAUCUGCUAUACCUGGCAUGGACACAGCCACACUAAAAGCCUUUUUAAAUAAGUUUGAUAUGUUUUUAGUGACACCAGAUGCGUAUAUUUUACCUCAGCUUAAUUUGCUUAUAAGUCACAAUCAUAAGACUGUUGUUAAAAAAAGAGCUUUUGAAGUCAUUUUUGCCAUUUAUGAACAAUUAUAUGAAGCUAUAAAUGACCUAAAUAAUGGUUAUGAUAAUCCUCAAGAAGUUGUACGUAGAACACCUGAAGAAGUUAAAAAAUUUCUUGUAAAUUAA